GGCCUCGUUCAGUCUAGUCUGUCUGUGUAGUGUGAGCAGUCACCACGCAACUCAUUGGCUAUCACGAACACGUGGAGUUGUAUAACCUCUCAACACAGUUUACUCGUUAAAAGUGGAAAUUACAAACAAUUUUUCAUAAUGUUGUUCGAGGACAUAGAUCGUCGGAUAAAAAUUUUUAUCGAGGAUGGCGUUGCAAGUGGACAAAGAACAAUCUUUGCCAUUCUUGGUGCUGACGCCAGUGAAGCAAUUGUUUACUUGAAUCACUUUCUCAUCAAGUCGCCGGGUUUCGAAAAGACGUGUACAAAUAUAUUAUGGUGCUGCAAAAAACAUCCGGAUCCACAUAAGAAGCUAAUAAAUAAUAUCAAAGCUGGCAAGUUAGACACCGAAUCUCUAAGUGAUUCGGAAUCAUUCAAAGUAUCAUUCAAAAUUCGCUAUCAUCAGUACAGCAGUAGCACUAAAGUAUUGGGAAGUACAUACGAUAUAUGUGUGUUAGACGAUUUUAACGCUCUUACACCAAAUUUAUUGGCAAGAACAGUGGAAACCGUUCAAAGUGGUGGAAUUGUUGUGUUACUAUUAAGUAGUGUAAAAAAUUUGGAGCAAUUCCAUACAAUGGAUAUGGAUGUGCAUCGUAGAUUUAAGACAGAAUCCCAUAAAAAAAUCACUCACCGAUUCAAUAAAAGAUUUUUACUGUCCUUAACUGAUUGCAAGCGGUGUCUAAUUUUAGAUAUUGUGAAAGGAAAUGAGAAGAAGAAAUUACAGUUGUUGUCGGAAACUUCUCACAACAUUUCUAAAAAACCAAGUAAACCAUUAAUUCCUGAUACAUCAGAACUAGAUAUGCUUAAACAAAGUUUAGAAGAUACUCCAUCUGUUGGUUCUAUUGUCAAAUGUUGCAAAACAGUGGAUCAAGCUAAAGCUUUGCUAAAACUCAUUGAAGUUAUCUCUGAAAAAACAUUCAAAUCAACAAUAUCUUUGACGGCUGCCAGAGGACGUGGUAAAUCAGCUACUUUAGGCUUAGCUAUUGCUGGUUCAAUAGCAUUUGGGUAUUCAAAUAUUUUCAUUACGAGUCCAGGUCCAGAAAACCUCAAAACUGUUUUUGAAUUUAUUUUCAAAGGUUUUGAAGCAUUAAAUUAUCAAGAAAAUAGGGAUUACAAAUUCAUCCAAUCAACAAAUCCAGAAUUUGAUAAUGCUAUUAUUAGAGUUGAUGUGUUUAGAGAACAUAGACAAUCAAUUCAGUAUAUACAUCCUAUGGAUGCAAAAGGUAAACUAACCAUGGCUGAAUUGUUAGUGAUUGAUGAAGCAGCUGCUAUUCCAUUGCCUCAAGUAAAAGCCAUGCUGGGGCCUUACUUGAUUUUUAUGGCUUCAACCAUUAAUGGAUAUGAGGGCACGGGUCGUUCUUUAACUCUAAAACUCAUUCAACAACUUCGUAAUCAAACAAUUCAAAUUAAUUCUGAUAACAGAGCUAAACUCAUGACUGGCAGGAGUUUGAUUGAACUUAAUUUAGAGGAACCAAUUAGAUACAAAUCUGGAGACAUGAUUGAAAAAUGGUUGUACGAUUUGUUAUGUUUGGAUAGUAUUUCAGCUGCACCUAAGAUCUCUUCCGGAUGCCCUAAACCAGAUGAUUGUCAACUCUAUUACGUCAAUAGAGAUACUUUGUUUUCAUAUCACAAAGCAUCAGAACAUUUCCUGCAGAGAAUGAUAGCAUUAUGUGUUUCUUCCCAUUAUAAAAAUAGUCCAAAUGAUUUACAGAUGUUAGCAGAUGCCCCGGCUCACCAUUUAUUCUGUCUAUUAGGGCCAAUUGAACCUAAUCAAAAAAGUCUUCCAGAAAUUUUAGUAGUGAUUCAGGUUUGUUUAGAAGGAAACAUUGGAAAAAAUACAAUUAUGAACGGAUUGGGAAGAGGUCAAAGAGCUGACGGAGAUCUUAUUCCAUGGAAAGUAGCAGAGCAAUUUCAAAAUUUUGAAUUUCCGCAACUAAGUGGAGCCAGAAUAGUUCGCAUUGCUACACAUCCUGACUAUCAAAAGAUGGGAUAUGGUAGUAAGGCUGUGGAACUUCUAAGAUAUUAUUACAAAAUGUCAUUUCUAAAUUUAGACAUUGAUGACGAAAAAGAAUCUGAGGUUCAGAAAACAAAGGACAGUAAAAAUUCAUUACCACCCUUGCUAUCAAAGUUAUCUGAACGUACACCAGAGCCUGUGGCUUACUUAGGAGUUUCUUUUGGAGUAACAGAGCCAUUGAUUAAGUUUUGGAAGCGUGCAAAAUUUGUUCCUAUUUAUUUGAGACAAACAGCUAAUGAUAUCACUGGAGAACAUACUUGCAUAAUGUUAUCGAAUCUACAAGAGGAAUCUAACAACUGGCUUGAUGUCUUUUGGAAAAGUUUUCGUCGUAGAUUCCUGAUCUUAUUAGCUUCAGCUUUCAGAGAUUACCCUCCAUCACUUGCUCUUUUAAUAUUAACCAAUCAUAAUAUUGAUACAGAGAGUAAAACUUUAGAAAGAUUUGUGGUAGAUUCAUAUUUUACCCCAUACGACAUUCAACGAUUGGAAAAAUAUGGAAAUAAUAAGGUUGAUUAUCAUUUAAUCAUGGAUCUAGUACCAUCAAUAGCACAUCUGCACUUUUUAAACCUAAUGGGAAAUUUUGACUUCAUUCAAGAACAGUGGUCUAUUCUUCUAUGUCUAGGGCUGCAAUUUAAAACUAUUGAUCAAAUAGCUGCUAACUCAAAACAAGGUGCAGGUCAAAUUCUUGGAUUAUUUAAUCGUAUCAUAAUGAAAAGUACCAAAUACUUGACGAACAUAAUUAGUGAAGAUGUAAGCAGUAAAAUUAAAGAAUUGAAUGUCAAGAAUGAUACUUUCCAAGUUAAUGUUCAAAAUGGCACAGAUAUGUAUCGUGAGUUAGACAUGGCCGAUGAGGCAUUGAAAAAGAAGCAAAAAGCAGAGCUUAAAAAAUUGGAAUCAGAAGCUUUGCAAGAAUAUGCUAUCAAAGGUAGCGACAAGGAUUGGUCAAAUGCUUUAAACUCGAGUAAGGGUAGUAAAAAUUUGUUAUCCGUUAAAAGUUCUGAAGAACCUGUUGUAAGUGAAGAAAAAUCAAAAUAUUCUACCCCAGACAAAAAUUUAUUUAAAAAAAAAAAAGGAAAAAAACGAAACCAUAGCUCUGCAUAAAAAUUUUUUUCAGUUUCAUACUGCAGGAACCAUACUUAUAUUUUAGUUAAUUUUUAUAAUUGUAAAUAUUGUUAUAUAUUGCUGUAAAUAUACAACUUUUUAUAAUAA